CGAAGGGUAAAAAGGAUAGCAAACUGUUUUCGCUAAACCGCUGUGCUGGAAUCCGCACACGCACACUGACAACGUAAACAACAACUCGGCAAUGCCGUCAAGGAAGGACCACGUCAGUGAAAACGAACGGUGAAUAUUUUUUUUUGUGUGCCUGUCGCUGUUGCAGCAGUGUCGCUCACGGGUGUACCGGUGUGCGAUUUUGAAGCUUGAGGUCCGUACGUGCCACAACGCGCUCUCGUCUCAUUGAUCAAAACGCACCGCAGCCAGGUGGCAGCUUCUUGGCAGUAUCGGGGUGGAAUCGAUUUGCGUACGUACGUGUGUGUGUAGGUCAGCAUUUUGCCGAAGCGCCCUAACCCUGGACUAACGGCUGCUGUGCGGGGCCGGGUGAAAAGAAGGGUAGCCAUGGGUACACGUCACUGGUUGCCGUCGGAUGGGAGAAUGCUGCUGAUCGUGCUGCCGAUGGUGGUGGCCCUGUUCGCGACGCUUGCCAACAGUGCCGCCGUCAUGUCGGUGGAUCUCGGCAGCGAGUGGAUGAAGGUCGGUGUCGUAUCGCCCGGCGUCCCGAUGGAGAUCGCGCUGAACAAGGAGUCGAAGCGGAAAACGCCGACCACCAUCGCGUUCCGGAACGGGGAUCGCGUGUUUGGCGAGGACGCUCAGACGCUGGGCGUUCGGUUUCCCUCGAACAGCUUCGGCUACCUGACCGAUCUGCUCGGCAAAACGGUCGACAAUCCGAUGGUGGAUCUGUACCGCAAACGCUUCCCAUACUACGACAUCGUGGCCGAUCCGGUCCGGCGCACGGUCGUGUUCCGGUCGGGCGAGGAGCAGUACACGAUCGAGGAACUGAUCGCGCAGCUGCUGCAGGUGGCAAAGAGCUACGCAGAGGACAGCACCGGCCAGCUGAUUACGGAGUGUGUGCUCAUUGUGCCCGGGUUUUACGGGCAGGCGGAACGGACCGCGCUGGUGGCGGCCGCCCGGCUGGCGAACCUGAAGGUGCUGCAGCUGAUCAACGACUACACGGCGGUGGCGCUCAACUACGGCAUCUUCCGGCGGAAGGAAAUCAACGAAACGGCCCAGUACUUCCUGUUCUACGAUAUGGGUGCGUACAAAACGUCCGCCGCGGUCGUCAGCUACCAGCUGGUGAAAGAUAAGGCGACGCGCGAAACGCACCCGGUCGUGCAGGUGCUCGGCGUCGGGUACGACCGGACGCUCGGCGGGCUGGAGAUGCAGGUGCGGCUGCGUGACUACCUGGGCCGUGAGUUCAACAAGAUGGGCAAGACGAAGACGGACGUGUUCACCAAUCCGCGCGCGAUGGCGAAGCUGUUCAAGGAGGCGGGCCGGCUGAAGAACGUGCUGAGCGCCAACACGGAACACUACGCGCAGAUCGAGGGCCUGCUGGACGAGCAGGACUUCCGGCUGCUGGUGAAGCGCGAACAGUUCGAGGAGCUCUGCAAGGAUCUGUACGAGCGGGUGACGGCCCCGCUCGACAAGGCGCUGGCCGUGUCCGGUUUGGCGCUGGACGUCAUCAACCAGGUGGUACUGUUCGGGGGUAAUACGCGCGUGCCGAAGGUGCAGGACAUACUGCGCACCCACAUCGGGCAGGAGCUGGCGAAGAACCUGAACGCGGACGAGGCCGCCUGCAUGGGGGCGGUGUACCGGGCGGCCGAUCUGGCCACCGGCUUCAAGGUGAAGAAGUUCAUCACGAAGGACGCGGUCCUGUUCCCGAUCCAGGUCGUGUUCGACCGGGAGGGCGAGAGCGGGGCGACGCGCCAGGUGCGCCGCACGCUCUUCGGCUCGAUGAACUCGUACCCGCAGAAGAAGGUGAUCACGUUCAACAAGCACACGGACGACUUUGAGUUUACCGUGCAGUACGCGGAGCUGGAUGCGGUGCUGAAGGGUGACACGGAAACGCUCGGCUCGCCCGAUCUGGCCCGCGUGCAGCUGAGCGAGGUGGCCAAGCGGCUGAAGGCGAGUGUGGCGGAGAAUGUGGAGUCGAAGGGCAUCAAGGCGCACUUCCUGCUGGACGAUUCGGGCAUCUUCUCGCUGGCCAACGUCGAGCUGGUGCUGGAAAAGACGGUCACCAAGGAGGAGGAGGACGAGGACGAAAGCACGUUCCAGAAGAUUGGCAACACGAUCAGCAAACUGUUCUCGGGCGACAGCGCGGACAAGCCGGCGGAAGAGAAACCACCGACCGAGGGCGGCGCGGAAGCGAAGGACGAGGAAGAGCCGGCCAGUGGAAAGGAGGGAAAAGAGUCGGCGGAGGAGGAGCAGCAGCAGCAGCAGCAGCAGGAGGGCAAGAAGCAAUCCGGAAAGGACAAAGAGGCUGACGGUGGAGCGAAGGACGCCAAGCCGGAAGCGGGUGAGCCGGCGGAUAAAAAGGCAGCGGACGAAGGCACGGAAGCGAAGAAUGCCACCGUGAAACCAAAGAUUGUCACGCUCAAAGAGCCGAUCCCGUCGAAGGUGGAGCUCGCGUACGUGGUGCCGCUCGACGGCGAGCUGUUCGACGCGUCGGCCAAGCGGCUGUCCGCGCUGGACCAGGUGGCCAAGGCGAAGCAGCGCCGCGAGACGGCCCUGAACGCGCUGGAAAGCUACGUGAUCGAUGCGCAGGUGAAGCUGGACGAGCAGGAGUACGCGUCGUGCGCGACCGAGACCGAGAUCGAGACGAUCCGCAAACGGUGCGGAGAAAUUUCCGAAUGGCUGUACGAGGACGGGUCCGACGCGGAUGCGGAAACGUACGAAACCAAGCUGGAGGAGCUGCGGGGCGUCGCGAACGAGGUGUACGCCCGCCACUGGGAGCACCAGGAGCGGCCGAUCGCGCUGAACGCGCUGAAGCAGAUGAUCAACGGUUCGGAAGGGUUCCUGCGCAGCGCGCGCAACCUCACCAAGGACACCAACCCGGAAAAGGACGUGUUCACCGCGGUGGAGAUUGAAACGCUCGAGAAGGCGAUCCGCAGCACGAUCGAGUGGCGCGAUACGGAGGUGGCCGAGCAGGAGAAGCUCGCCCGCAACGCGCCGGUACGGCUGACGGUGAAGGACAUUACCGAUCGGAUGGGUCUGCUCGACCGCGAGGUGAAGUAUCUGGUGAACAAGCUGAAGCUGUGGCGCCCGAAGGUGAAACCGACACCGCCACCGAAGCCGGAAAAAACGACCGCCGGCAAGAAGGAGGGCGAGCAGAAGGAGGAAGCACCGUCCAGCGAGGAGCUGCCCGGCUCGGAACCGGUGCUGGAGCAGACACCCGAAAAGGAUGCGGACGAAACGGAAGAGGGCGCCACGAUCGAUCCGACCGCAACGCAGCAGGACCGUACAGGCGAGAGCGGCGAUCAUACGGAGCUGUAGAGACAACAGCGAAAUAGGGGGAACGGGUGAAGGAUUGAUAGCACAAUUCGGACACACUGGUUUAGCACUCAUCUCACCGAAGCACCCGUCACAGCUUCAUUUCAGCUCACCUUCCCAUAGAGCCCAUAUGUAUUCACAGUUUCUAAACACACACCCAACAAACAAAAACGCAACAGAAGAUAAAACUCCACAUGCCUUCCCUCCGUUCCCGAUCCCGAAAUGUGCGCGGCAAGACAAGAUUUGGUUGCUGUCCGCGGUACUGACUCCCUUACCCCUCUGUAUUUAUUUUCAUUCAUUAGCAAAAAGUGUGCGCCGUAGUAGAGAGCGUAGAGAAGAAAUGCACCGUAGGGCUGCUCAACUAUGACGACUAUGAAAACCAUUCCUUUGCGUUUGCUUAUGACGAGGAGAGAUGUGUGCGAGAGAAAGACAUUUAGAAACAAGAGGAUGUGAAAGGGAGUUUCUAAAAUCCAAACUGGUGAUUAGGCCCUGAAGUAGUAGUUAAUAGAAGAAAAAAAAAUAGUUCAUACCCGUACGAGGAUAGGCCACGACACACAGACACUCGUCCCGAUAUCGGGCGAGAACUAGGAACUGACAUUGCAUUGAACUGAAUCAAAACCGACGACGGUUUGAGCGCCUUGUAGGCAAUAGGUGUAAUAGUGGUUUAACGCUGCGAAAAGGAAAGAGAUGUGGUCGCUUGUUUUGAUUUCGUCCUUCGGUUGGUGCAAUCUUUUACGGCCUACACAAAGAGGCAAACUUAGUACUACUACUACUACUACUACUACUAGCAGGAGCAGAAGGAAUAGGAAAAAAAACAACAGCACAGAACAGAACAGAACCUUACAUUAAGCGCACGCUGCACGCGGACGUAGGGUAGCGUGAAAACUGAACGUUAGCCGGACAAUUGGUGAUAAAGUAUAGCGAACUUAAGGAUCGUACGGUAAACGUCA